AGGAGGGCUGGUGGGAAGGCAUCCUUAAUGGCAAGACUGGCAUGUUCCCCUCCAACUUCAUAAAGGAGCUGGCUGAAUCUGACGAUGCUGGAAUAGCGCUGGAAGAGCAAGCAAAGCCAAGAAAAUCUGCUUUUGAAGGGGCAUUUCUGUACAGAGUGGCACCGGCAAAGAUUGACAGCUACAGACGCUAUAACAGCCUAAAAGAUGCCACAGGCUCUGAGAGCGACGGAGGUGACUCUUGCAGCACAAAAUCUGAAGGAGCCAACGGAGGCACCACAAUCCAACCCAAAAAGGUCAAGGGUGUUGGCUUCGGAGAUAUCUUCAAGGACAAACCUAUAAAGCUACGACCAAGGUCAAUAGAAGUUGACAAUGACUUUCUCCCAGUAGAUAAGAGUGUUGGGAAGAAAUUACCUCCAGCCACAGCAACUCAGGAGCCAACAAAAAUAGAAGUGGACAGCAGAACAAAAACCAAGGAGUAUUGCAAGGUGAUAUUUCCGUAUGAGGCGCAGAAUGAUGAUGAACUCACAAUCCGAGAAGGUGAUGUCGUCACGCUUAUCAGUAAGGACUGCAUUGAUGUAGGCUGGUGGGAAGGAGAGCUCAAUGGCAGACGGGGAGUGUUUCCAGAUAACUUUGUCAAGCUCCUUCCCUCUGAUUUUGAAAAAGAGAGACCCAAGAAGCCGCCACCUCCAUCAGCUCCUGUCAUCAAACAAGGAUCAGGCACAACCGAUCGAAAGCAUGAAAUCAAGAAGAUACCUCCUGAAAGGCCAGAGUGCCUUCCUAAUCGAACAGAAGAGAAAGAAAGAUCAGAGAGAGAGCAAAAACAGUUAGACUUGCAGAAGCCUUCAGUCCCUGCUAUACCUCCGAAGAAGCCUCGGCCUCCCAAGGCAAACUCUGUGAAUAGACCUGGUACCUUGCCCCCGAGACGGCCAGAAAGACCAGUUGUGCCUGUGACUCACACAAGGAGCGAUAGUCCGAAAGUGGAGUUAGCAGGCAGUGCGGCGCCAGGCACUCUCGAGAAAGACUCCUCCGAGAGAAGCAACGACAUUGGCCGCCUCUGCAACGAUCACUUUUGCCCUGGCUCCAAAGGCCACUUCUGCAAUGGCCCCAACACCUACUUCUGCCCUUGCCCCAGUGGCCACUUCUGCAACAGCCCCAAGAACUGCCUCUGCAGUGACCGCGUCUGCCCUGACUCCAGUGGCCGCUUCUGCAACGACCGCUUCUGCCCCAGCCCCAAUGGCUGCUUCUCCAAUGGUCGCGUCUGCCCCAGCCCCAACGGUCGCUUCCGCAACGACUCCGAUGGCGGCUUCUGCAAUGGCUGCUUCUGCCCCGGCCCCAAUGGCUGCUUCCACCCCGGCCCCAAUGGCCGCUUCUGCAACAGCCCCAAACCCACCUCUGCAACGACGGCUUCUGCCCCAGCCCCAAUGGCUGCUUCCACCCCGGCCCCAAUGGCCGCUUCUGCAAUGUCUUCCCUUUCAAGCCCGGAUUUCUUUGACUCACCAAGUCCUGAAGACGACAGGGAGGAACAUGUUUCCAUUACACAGAAAACUAUCGAAGUGUCAAGAAAAUCGAGGACGGUUACAAUAUCACAA